AUGCCGGGCCUCACAACUGCUCAAGUCAACGAGCUCUCCGCGACAGAUGUCGUAAUCCACCCCCUCGUACUCCUCUCCGUCGUCGACCACGCCGCGCGUGUUCCCCUCUCGAACAAAAAGCGCGUGCUCGGUGUGCUGCUUGGCCAGGACGAUGGCAAGACGAUCAACGUCGCCAACUCGUUUGCCGUGCCGUUCGAAGAGGACGAGAGGGAUCCCAAGACGUUCUUCCUCGAUCUUGACUAUGUGGAGGAGAUGUGGCGCAUGUUCCGGAAGGUCAACGCCAAGGAGCGCCCAAUAGGCUUCUAUCACACUGGUCCGCGCCUGCGUUCGUCUGAUCUCGAGAUCACUGAGCUGUUCAAGCGCUUCUGCCCGCGGCCUGUUAUGGUGAUUGUCGACGUCCGCGCACACGGCGGUCGCGGCGACACUGGUAUCCCAACCGACGCGUACUUUGCAGUAGAGGAGAUUCGCGACGACGGCACGGCGACUCAGCGGACGUUCACGCACGUCCCAACGUCUAUUGACGCCGAGGAGGCGGAGGAGAUUGGUGUCGAGCACUUGUUGCGCGACGUCACUGCAUCUGGGGGCGCGGCGUCCAGCUCCCUCCUCACCACACAGAGCCUCUCGAAUCGAGUCGCGUCGCAGCUCGAGUCGCUGCGCGGACUGCAUGCGCGUCUCCUGGAGAUCUCAGAGUACCUGAAUGACGUGCGCAAGAGCAAGAUGCCCGUCAACCACCAGAUCAUCUACCAAGUACAGGAGAUUGUGGGUCUGCUGCCGCAGCUUGGAGGCGACGUCGACCUCGGCAAGGCGUUCCGGGUCCAGGUCAACGACCAGAAUGUUAUGGUUUACCUCGGUCUCAUUAUCCGCACAGUGCUCGCACUGCACAAUCUCAUUGAUAACCGCAUCGCCAACGUCCAGCAGGAGAUCGACGACUCCAAGUCGCCAGAGGAGAAGAAGAACGAGGCAGCGGCCGAGGCAGCUGGCGUCAAGGCCGAGGACGUCAAGCGCGCCAAGGAGGAGAACGCCGAGGACAAGUAG